CUCAGUCCCCGUACUCCUCAUUCGCCCAAAUCACCGCGAGUCUCGCCGAAACAUGCAGUUAAAUCCGGCAGUGCCGCUAACAUAGUCACAGUCAAGUCCGAUUCCGGUCUGUCGUCUAUGAGCGGUUGGAGCAGCUUAGACAAGUCGCCGUGCUCCCCGAAGAGCUCCAUUGCUAAGAUGCUUACCUCUUAUUCGGUGGAUCACACCCGCGCGAGUAGUCUUAUACCCAGCACGCAACCCGCCAGAACAUCCAGCCCGAUACCGCCGCUUCCAGAGACGACCACUACCACCACUACUAUCAUCCAGGAACCUCUCUAUGACACUCCCGAGGGUAGAGACGCUUUUGCGAGCGCCAUGGCGACUACGUCCAGUCAUCCUUACACAACGACAAUGAAUCACCUGUCGGCGUAUACGACCGCCGGCAAAUCGCCGGCCAAAGAGGACUACACGUUUGUGCCACCGCCAGCUCCGGGCAGCGUAACUACCACUUGUCAGAGUCCCAAGAAACGCGGUCGUCUUCAACACACUUACUCGACGUCCGCCAGUACGACUGCGGAUUACAUUUUCAGAUCGGAACAGCCGGCUAUUUACUCCGUGGCCGGUAGCAAUCGACAACAAGCCAUUACGAGCGUCUAUACCAGCGGUGCUGGCAGCUACGGGCCCAAGACUACCACCUCGGCUUACUACUCUGCCGAUUCGCUGGAUCAUCAGUAUACUAACUAUCAAGAUAGUUAUGCCACUCUUCAGUAUGCGGAGGCAACGAGCGCCAUGAUGGCCCACGGGAAGAAGCCAAUACGCGGAAGCUCUUUCACAGACGGUAUGACGAACCACGAAGGAUACAAGGCGGCGAUGUAUCGUACGAUGUUCCCCACCGGCAACAUCACGGAUGCUCUCUCGUACUAUCCGACCAGCGCGACUAAUCUUCCGCGCACGGAGACAAACGAGACUACAUCAUGGUUGAACUCGAUGGAGGAGCAGAUACCUCACGAUUCGACAUCUUCCAGCAUCAGAUCUUUAACUUCCGACGGGAGCUACGCUCAAAGUCCGUACACGGAUCGGAGAUAUCCGCAGCCGCCGGCCUAUCAAGCGCAUACGGCGUAUCAGCAACAUCACAUUUACGCAAAUCAGAGUUAUCCGCAAGCCUAUCAGCAGCAGUAUCAGCCGUAUAGCCAGCGAUUGAGUAGUGCCGAGAGUGCACAACUCGCAGACGGUUAUCAAAGGCAAUGGCAAAGGGAGCAUCAGUACAUGCAGGAUCACGAGAGCGGAAGGAUGGAGCAACAACAGACGCAACAGACCGAAUAUUAUGAUGCCUCGAGUGUGAUAGUUUCGCAAUCCGGGUACAUUAGUAUCUCCUCGAAUCUGAAAGAUCACGAGGUCGAUACUAGCAAGCUGAAGAAAGUCAGGAGAGGCUCCUCACUAAAGAACGCGAUGAGCUCCAUGAGUAAUUGGCUGCCCGAUUUGCACCUCACCAAACGUCACAGGAGUCAAUCGUUACCAGGUGGUGUCAGAAGAGAGGAUCUAGACGUGCAAGACGCUCAGCAGCAAAGAUUGGCUGAAAUGACAAGCAGAGGUCGUGGCAGAGCUCAGACCGCCAGAAAAAAGAAAAAACAUACGCUGGUUUCCACAGUAUCCGGCAUUCUCCAGAAGGCCAAACGUCGCAGUCAUCAGUCGCAAUCUCUGUCAGAUCCAGAGCAGUCUGAGACAGAAUGGAGUAGUGGCCGGCAAAGCGGCCUCUCGGAAGAUGAGGACAGCGUCAUGUCUGAUAUCGUUCAAGAGCCGCCUUUCUUCGCCAAAGUGAAGACCGCGAGCACGAAAAGACCAUCGAAGCAGCCGCCUCCGAUACCGCCACAGAUGAUGGCACAGCAGCAGCAGCAGCAAGCACAGAUUCAAGCGCAACAAAAGGAAUAUAUGCAACAGCAGCAGCAAGCGCUUCAACAGCAGCAAGCGCUUCAACAACAGCAAGCGCUUCAACAACAGCAAGCGCUUCAACAGCAGCAGCUACAACAACUCCAGCACCAGCAGGCGCUUCAACAGCAGCAGCAAGUGCUUCAACAGCAAAUUCAACAGGCUCAGGAGCAAUUGCAUCAACAGGCUCUUCAAGAUACAUGGGUCAAGGAGAAGGAGCAAAGAAAGAUCGAGACUAAAGACGAGUACGAGACGAACGGCGAUCAGAUGGCUUUGCUCGAAGAAGAAGCUUCGGGAAAGAGUACCGGCUCGGGAUCCGGUGGAUCGUCGAUCUUCCAAACUGUUGGCGAUAUUAAGAGAUCGACAGGCAGUUCGGAUGAGGCACCCAACGAGAAGGCGCCGAAACUGCCUCCGGUUACUUUGAUCGGCGGCUCGAGUAUGGAAUUCGCUGUAUCACGAGCGCUCGGCAAGUAUCGCCAACGACAAUCCUCGACAGUGUCCGACGAGCAGUCGACAACUGACGAGAACAAUGACAAGAAACCGAGCGAGGAGGGCGCGGCGCAAACUUUGGAAACAAGUUUCGAGUUUCCGGAAGAUAUGUCGGAAAAGAGCGAGAAGAGCGAGAAGUUCGGCAGCGCAAAACUACCGGAAUUGGUUACUAGUUUGUCAGAAGAAGCUCCGCCGUCGGAGGGUAGCCCGUCCGCAUCCAUAAGAGGUUACAAUACUACAGGAGGAACUCGAUUUUUACCGCGACACCAGCAAUCUCUAGAAAUUCCAUGGACCGGGCGACCGGGCGAACCUGAUGAGGACAAUCGCAGCACUCAUUCGUACAGGAGUACCUCAAGAGUGUCCUCAAGGCGACAAAGCACGGAAGAUUCUAUUGAUUCCGAAGACGAAUGGUACUGUUACGAAUUAAGAAAACUCGAAGAGCUGGAGAGACAGUCUGAGAUGGAGAUGACCGAAGCAUUGAUCGAGGAACCCGAAGACGAGGUUUAUCAGCCGGACGAGACGGUAAAAGAAAAGAUGUCAUUUGUAUUGAAAGAGCUUAAACUCAAAGCCAUUACGAAGCCAAAGGAUCAGAAAAAGGAGGGUAGAGAA